CGAUAAACCCCGAGAUUUUCACUAAUUACACUUAGGUCCCUAGAGAAGGUUAGUAAUUUACAUAUAGACCCUUUUUGGUGGAGGCGCCCGCCGCGAACUUUGCCAUAAAAGCCCUCCAAAUAGUUGUGUCUUUGCACGGACACAUCCCUCCGCCGCCGCCGCUGGCCGGAGGAGGAGGAGCCCUGAUGCCGCAGCCGCCGGCGCCGUGAGUGAGGUCGUUUGGGUUGGGUAUGGGCGGGGUGACUUCCUCGGUGGCCGCGAAGUUCGCGUUCUUCCCGCCCGACCCGCCGUCGUAUGGCGUGGCCGACGAGGAGGAGCCGCCGUUGCCGGGGGCUCCUGCUGCUCCUCCUCCGGCGGCGGCGGGCGGCGCGGAGACGUCGUCGAGGAGGGUGUCUCUGACGGGGGUCCCGUGGAGGGAAGGCGUGGAGGCGAGGCGGGUGCGGACGCGGCGGGGCACGGAGAUCGUCGCCGUGUACGUGCGGUGCCCCAGGGCGAGGCUCACCGUGCUGUACUCGCACGGCAACGCGGCCGACAUCGGGAAGAUGUACGAGCUCUUCGUCGAGUUCAGCGCCCGCCUCCAUGUAAACCUCAUGGGGUAUGAUUAUUCUGGUUAUGGACGGUCGUCAGGCAAGGCAAGCGAAGCUAAUACCUUCGCUGACAUAGAGGCUGCAUACAAAUGCCUCGUGGAGGUAUAUGGCACUAGAGAAGAAGACAUCAUUCUGUAUGGUCAGUCUGUCGGUAGUGGCCCAACUGUCGAUUUAGCUGCUCAUCUACAUCAUAUAAGAGCGGUUGUUCUGCACAGCCCCAUACUGUCUGGUCUGCGUGUCAUGUAUUCUGUGAAGAAAACAUACUGGUUUGACAUAUACAAGAACAUUGAGAAAAUACCCCUGGUUAAAUCUCCGGUUUUGGUAAUUCAUGGCACAAAUGAUGAUAUUGUAGAUUGUUCCCAUGGGAAGCAGCUAUGGGAGAUGUGCCAAAAUAAGUAUGAACCUCUAUGGAUCGAGGGAGGAGACCACUGUAACCUGGAGACCUUCCCAGUGUACAUAAGGCAUCUGAAGAAGUUCAUAUCGGCAAUCGAGAAGCUGCCUGCUGAAAAAGAAGCAUCAAUUGAGAUCGAGGAGAGGUUGUCUGAAAACGAAACACCAUCUGAUAGCUCUGCUCUCUCAGACGCUCCAUGGACGACCUCACAGAGGCUGGAGCCACCGAGGAAGAGCACAAGGCAUGAGCUGCCUCCUCGACUGAGCACCGAUCAUGUCGACAAGCGAAGGCGAAGCACGGGCCGCAGAGAGAAGCCAAGAUCGUCGUCCAUCGCAGCAGAUAAGAAAGAGAGAUCAAGGAGAAGCGUUGACACAUUUGACAGGACGAGGGAUGAAUAUGAUCAGCCGGAUAAACCAAGAAAAAGCAUCGACAGGCUUGGUGAGAUGAUCAGAUCUAUGGGGCUCUGCAAUGUUGACUGCUUCAAGGAGUCUCCUCGAAGCACUGAGCCUAGCCGAGAUCGGUGACUCAGUGAGUUGCCUUCUGGCUGUAGCUCUGCCACGUCGGAUGCCAUUGCCAACACUUGUCCGUGUGCUCUGGAUGAUGAUCAAAAUGACAAACCAUUCAUGAACAGUAAAGAGAAAUAUAGCACGUCAUUUUUUUUAAAAAAAAACUUCUGUGUCCCUCAAUUUGAUUUUCUAUUCUUGUGCAUUGCAUUAUUGUGUAUGCAUUAACCAGCCGCUCCAGAUGAAGGUCACAUGCUGCCGUACGAAUGAAUUUUGCACGGGUUGCAGAC